GCCAUUGUGGACUGAUAAACAUUACAUGUGCUUCGGGAGAAUGUCGCGACAGCAUCGCCCAGAACAGUGGUAAAAAUGCGAGGGAAGUUGUAAAACUCUUCAUGAGAGAAUCGAGCCAACACAUACAGCAGCUGAAAACAGUCAGCUCAGGUGUUUCAUUCAAGACCAUACUUACUAUGUUCAACCCCAUCGAUUACCCUUGAAGUUAUUGGCAUGGACCCGGUCCAUUCUCUUCGAACGACUUACCUCAUAAACUGCCAUCCGUAUUUCCUUCUUCAUCUGUUAAAUAAGGCUUCAACCCCUGACGCACGGAGCACUCUUCACCGAUUGUCAGAAUAACGCUACUGGAGCAACAACCACUAUGUCCUCAGGCGUAGAGACAAUGUUCAAAAUUCGAAAGCAAAUGCUGGUUAGGUCUUACCUCAUUCCUGGAAUGUGCAUCUUCUUCGGUUGGACAGCUGCAUUCCAUCAUCCUCCGAGUCAGAUUCAGCUACAAUCUACCUGUGAUCCAUUACCGUUUACUCAAGACACAUGGCAAAAGUUAAACUUGGACAAGUACAUCUCGGCAUACCCCGGUGGUCAGAAUUUAACAGUAAAUGAGUACGCCGCUACCGUGGGCGCCAAGAAUUUUCAAUGUGGCAUAUCAGAAUGGUGCAAUGCAGGCCAGAUGUGUCAUCCAGUCAAGGGUUUGGAUUGGUAUGUCUUGUUUGCAAUUCAAGAGUGGACCGAGAGAAUGAACAAUCUUUACGCGGCGAUUGGUUUUACCAUGUCUCUAGUCCAAGCCAAUCUGCUCAGUAUAGUUUCAGCAUUGUUCCCCCAACCUGACAACCUCCGGAUCUUCUCUCAAAAAACCCAUUUCGCCAUGGGUGCCGCACUUGCAAGCUUGGUCAUCGGCCUUAUAUCUGUAGUGUUGGUCUUAUCUGGAUCAGUUUCAAUAGUUGCAACUUGGCUUGCGGGUCUAGUCUUGAUACCAUCCACAAUUGUUAAUGUCGUUUCGGUGACUACACGUUACAAAGAAGUUCCAAAGGAUGCCUUCAGUUUGGGCUCCGAAGUGAAUUACCAGAUUACCAGCUACCAACAACAAUUGCAAGAGGCUCUCAGAAAUCAAACUCACUCCCAGCUUAACGCCGGUGUCAGUUCCCCUGGGGGUAUGGCCGGAGCUCUGUCGGGAGGCUCUUAUCUCGACCCCAGACAAUUUCGAAGUGUCGAACAGAUAGAAAAUGAACUCAAGAACAUUACCGUAGGAGCAUCUGUAGCUCACAUUCUAAAAUCUUUGAAUGCGUUUGUGACAAUCGGAAGCGACCCUUGCAAUGGUGGUGGAAAGAACGGCGCAUGGUCGGGUGAUAAUGUGCUGUCUUACUGCAACUCAAACGGCACCAUGUUCAAUAUUAUCACAGUCUCCCCACGAAAAUCUAAAGUUCAAAACCACAUUCCAAAUGCUGGGGUUUUAUCAAGUAAAUUUGGAAUCACCACCGAGUAUUUGACGUCCUCCGCAAUUGAAUGCCAACAAACGCGAAAGGACUUAGGAAUCGCGCACACAAACAACACAUUGAGCACCGUCGAAAACAAGGGCGCGCAAAAGUGUAUCAUCGAUUUACCAGUUUGUGACUGUAGAAGCCCAGAAUUCAAGAAAAGGAGAAAACAUGUUGGAACAGUCAAGGCAUGCCGAGAAGCUGGGGUACCCAUCUGAUCCUGAUUCGUGAAAAAAUCAGAAUUUGACCAUCUAGGAGGCCAUUUUUUUUCUUCGUAUUUUUAAAUAUUUUAUCUUUCAAGGAAAAAAUCUAAUUUUACCUACAUUGCAGAACCUUUUCCGUUUGAAUCGUAGAAUGAGUAGAAUUUCAUUUUUUUUCCUGAUGUUUUGAAGGUAUUGAAACCAUUUUUGUUUCACACCAUCUUGCUUUGUUUCUUCCUUCACCUAUUUUCAUUAAAUUCCAACAAAAAAACUAUUCUUCAAUCUACACUUGUGUUUUAUCAUGUGUGGGCACCAGUACAUACUGUGGCAACAAUAACAAAAAUAAACAAUU